AUGUCAAACUCACAAACAACAACACCUCACACAGUUCUAAGAAUAGCAAGCAACAACGGUCCCCUCGUACAGAUCUGGCUAGCAGCCAACAUGGCUACCAUUCCAAAGAAUUCCAUCAUCCAAACAAACAUUGCUGAAUCAGCCAAAGAAAUAACAAACGAAUCGAAUCAAAUAACACUACGUACCUCAGGUGACUUACUUCAAGGUAUAGUGAGAGUCUAUUCCAAGCAAGCAGGGUUCCUGCUCAAUGAUAUCAAGGAUACAUUAACAAAAAUUUCCUCUCUUUUCAAAUUGAAUCAAAAAUUGAACGUCACCAUUUCCAAAGUUAACACGGUUGCCAGAAUGGAUCAAUUGAUAUUGGAGGAUGCUGUCACGGAGAGAGACGUUCUUGUGGUACCCGGAUUGGACUUCUUAAAUGAUGUGCCUCAGUCUACAGAACAAUGGUUGAAUAUGGGGGGAGACUCCAUGGAUAGGAAAGUUCAAGGAGCUGCAGCCAUGAAUCCAUUCGAUUGGGCUGAUACUUCCUUGGAAGUUGGAAGAAGGUUUGAUCCAGAUCAGGAUUUGGAAUUCAAUCAAGGAGAUUCGAUAUUGAAUUUGGAUUUUGACUUGGAUGUUGAUGAAACCAAUGGUAACUCUCGUAAUAAAUCUUCUUGGAAUGAAGGUACUAACGAAGAUGGUCAUUCUCAUGAUAUGCAUAAUGAUAACAUGGAUUGGGAUCUGGGUAUCAAUGAAGAUGAUCAACCAGGUCAUGAGUCAGAUAACUCUGUUGAAGUUGGAAGAAGGGCAGACUCGGCACUACAUGAUGAACCUACUACUGAUUUUGGAUUCGACUUAGAUAUUGAAAAAGAUCCAAUUGUAGAUGACCAUGAACUUUCACAAGAAGAAAUACCUAUCAGCACUUCACAACCUCCACAACCUCGUAAGAAGAAAGACCCUGCUUUAUCUAAUACGGGCAAGAUUCAAAUUGAUAAUGAAACGGAGAUUGACCAUCAACAACAUGUUAAUGAUACUACUAAUAUUACCAUGCGUACUGAAAUAUCUACUGGUGGAACUCAUACUAACUUAUCUGAUAGCUCUAAUCAAUCCCUGAAGAGAGUAUGGUCGGAUAUGUUGAACAGUAUGAAUUAUCUACCUUCUUCUAUAACAGAAGAUCUUCUUUCGUAUCAAAAUAUAAAGAGACAAAAACUUCAAUUUAUUGAAGAAGAAGAACAACAAGAAGAAAUGGUGGAACCACAAAUGGACAUUUCGUUGGGUCUUAACGAUGAUUUAGUAGAAAACUCGUCUUCGACAAGUAACCAUAACUCAGAUAAUGAGGAGAGUGAUCAUUUUGUUGGUAUGGGAAGUGAUGAACUACCCAUGGAUAAUGAAACACCAAUUGACGCCCACGAAAAUAGUAUGAUAUCCGAAGAUGAAUUACGUUUACAACAGAUACAAUCGCAGAAGGUAAAAUUAGUCUCGGGAGAAAUGGCUUCUAAGGCUACAGUAAAUAUGGCAGAAACUCUUAGGACACAAUACAUUGAUACCGAAUCUGUCAAAUUUGAAGAUGUCCUAUCUACCCUUCACAGCACGAAUAAUGAGAAAUCAGCCCGUCCAAUAACUAAACACGAAGCUAGUAGAGCAUUUUUUGAUAUUCUUUCGUUAGCAACUACGGGUUGUGUCGACUUGGAUCAACAGGAAACCUUCGGAGAAAUAGGUAUUUCUUCAAACACCUUACUAUUUCAAAAAUUCAUAAUGUCAUGA